AACCUGAGAGCACAGCAGCAGGCUGUGGACAUGUUGCUGUAACUCUGCUCUGUGUCUUCUGUCUCUUCUGUCUCUUCUGUCUCUGCAGGAUGUCAGUGUCUCGGAGCUGUUUGUGCUGCGUCAAAUAUCUGAUGUUUGUCUUCAACCUCAUCUUCUGGCUUGGAGGCUGCGGGCUGUUUGGCAUUGGAGUGUGGCUGUCCUUCACCCAGGCAGAGUUCUCCUCCCUCCCCCUCUCCUUCCCCUCCCUCUCUGCUGCCAACCUGCUGCUGGUCGCCGGCGGCAUCACCAUGGUGACGGGCUUCCUGGGAUGUCUGGGGGCCCUGAAGGAGCAGCGUUGCCUGCUGUUCAUGUUCUUUGUGAUCCUCCUGCUCCUGGUCCUGACAGAGGUGACCCUGGCCUUGGUUAUUCACAUCUUCCACGACCAGGUAACAGAAGCCCCUCCAUGCGGCCACAGCGCCCCCUGGGGUCCAGGAGUGUGA